AUGGGUGGCGGACUAUUCGGCGGAGGUUCAAGCCCGAUGCGAAGCGGUGGAGGUAAUGCGUAUCACAGAAACCUUGGAGGAAUUCACCAACAACGACCACACCAAACUGGGCACGGAUGGGGUAGUGGCACCAGUUGGGGUCGUCAACAAGUACGAAUACUUGUUUUGAGGUCAACUGGACUUGGGAUGCUUGGUGGAUUCGGUGGAGGACGUAAUAGAUUCUCUUCGCAUGGAAUUGGUUCACGAUCUCGUUCGAGUACCUUUAAAAACAUGAUUGUCGGUGCUGCGGCUGGAUAUCUUACUUAUCAAGCAGGAAGAGCUAUUAUCCGAUCAAUGGCUGGACCAAUGAUGUGGAACAAUCGUCCGUACUACUGGGGAUCGAAUUAUUAUCGUCCACAAAGGAUGCAAGAACACAUGUGCAGGAUGCCUAUUGAUCCAAGUGAUCCACAAUUUGGCAACAUCUAUGAACCGGUGGGUGUAAAACUUUUGAUUUGA